CUUCACCAUAGUACGAGUCGCAGAAUCGCGGUCGGGAAGUAGGAGAGCUCCCGCUGGAAGCAGCACGCACUUGAUAUCGGGUUUUAAAACGGACCGCGUAUAAAUCAUACGUUAUUGGGAUGGAAAAACCAACACCGGGGCCUUAAAUUUGCGUUGGAAAGCUCAAAGAGCCCCAUCCUUAUCCGCCAGCCGAAAGUGCCACUGCCCUCAUGGAGGACAAGAGGAAGAAAAGGAGUCCCAAAGUGUCCCUGCCCCAGCCCCCUCCUCCACCAAUCAACCCUCGAAAGCUCUCCGUUCUCCCGGCGAGUAAGAGCGCCACAUUCUCGUUGGGUCUGCCCCAGCCCCCCUCCCCCAAACCCAGGGGAAAGUACAAGAGAUCGGUGGGGGCAAUGGGUCCAUCUAAAGAAGUUCUUGCCGUUCCUGUGGUUCCCCCUAAAAACACAAGGCCACACAGAGAGAAGCCCAGAGCUCCUCAGCCUGCCGGACCCAGUCGUGUAUCCCAGUCCUCCUCGCCGCUCCAGCACUCAUUCCUCACUGACGUCUCUGAUGUGAGAGAGAUGGAGGGAGGACUGCUCAACCUGCUCAACGACUUUCACUCUGGAAAACUACAGGCUUUUGGUAAGGUGUGCUCCUUUGAGCAACUAGAGCAUGUGAGGGAGAUGCAGGAACGUCUGGCUCGGCUACAUUUCAGUCUGGACAGUCAUGUGGAGGAGCUGUCUGAAGACCAGAGAAAAAACGCUUCGGACCGCAAUCUAGAACACCUGCUUUCUAAUCUGGAAGAAUUGAGCAGCUCAAUACAGAAACUCCACCUGGCAGAAAAUCAAGACUUACCCAAGACCUCGAACACCUGAAGCAGGAAACCAAACCCAGCCGACCAUCAAAUCACUGUGCAGAUCAAAGCCCAAGUUGCCAUGGCUACAACUCAACUGCAGGUUCAAUGAGCGCCAUCACCGUGAUCCGUGGCUAACGCAAUGCUAAGUGACUGCAGCAGCAUCAAAGCACAUUCUCCAUGUGAAUUAAAUUAUUGACAUUGAAAAAAAAACAAAAUAUUUUUUGUCUUGAACAGUUUCAGUUAUUUUGAGCCUGAAAGCCAUUUUUGUUAGUGUUUUAAGUGUUUAAAUUGGGAUAAAUAGUAACUGUACUUACUGUAGGGUUUGAAUGAGUUGAUUCCACAGGUUCAUUCAUCACUGGUAAAGGAUGACUUAGUUAAACAAGAGCAGACUUCAAAAACCUGAGAUCUAGAAUUAUCAGAUCAGCAAUGACAGAAGUGAAGGAGAAGGUUAACAUUUACAUAAUCAGUCAAUCAGCACAACACACAAUUGAUUUUCAUUCAGUAGUUGGUCAGUGUUCUCUGGAAUGAUGUUGUAAAUGGCUGUGGAGUAGCUAUAAACUCACUCAGGACUGCUUGAGAUCAUUGAUCUUAGUGCCUCUUCUCAGUGUCUAGAUUACAUUGAUUGUUUUACCGUAAGGUCUUCAUGGGACUUUUCAAAUGAUGGAACUGGACCUUUUUGUAGAUGCUUGUACAUUAAAAUUGAAGUACAAUUAUUUAAAAUAAUAUGUUAUAUGCCAUGUUUGUAAACUAGAGAUUUAAUAGCUGUGUUGAUAUAGGAACAAUUAUGCUAGUAGUUGUUUGUUAUUCUAUAUGACACUGAUGGAAAUGUACAGUAUUUGUGUGUGUGUUAUCUUCGUAUAAACUAAACUGAAAACAAUGGAAUCAGCCAUUUCAAAUUUCAGGUUCUAAAAAAGUUAGAGACAAGUUGACUCGAAAAUUCCAUUUCUUUAUGGAGCAAAUGACUGUAUUUGAAACUUGUAGAUAUGCAGUCUUUACCCCAAAGCACAAAAGCAGUACAGUAACAUCUAAUAAAGAUCUACAGUGGAUGUAGAUCAAAACUGCUGCAAAAAAUGUUACAUAGUCCAUAAUACAACCUCACUAACAACAAUCCCCUUCCUAUUUUACACCAGUUUCACUAAAACAUCAGCACAACAAAUGGACAGGUUUAGGGAAAAGUAAAAGAUCUGCACCAGUUUGAUGUUUAUACAUAUAUAUAUAUUUCAUAAUGCAGUAACUUCGCUUCACAGCUGACCUCCGCUAUGCCUACCUCCAACUAUUUCGAUAGAGAAUCAGUACUGUUGCGUUGAGGGACGUCUGUUUAAAUUUAUAUCAGAUUGAUUCAUGACAGGAUCUGAUCCUGCAUCAGCAUGUACAGGCUGUUUUCUCUUCCCUCAGUCUAAAGCAUUUGAAAGCAUCAUUUAAAAAUCACAUUUGUAUUCUUUCUGUGAAUUUCAAUUAUUUCAAAGAGAAAAUAUCUGUGUGCUUUGCUUUUUGUCCAUGUCUUUUGUUUAUCAAUGCUUAUAAACUAUUUUCUAUUUGUGUGCUUUAAGGAAUAAAACUUAAUGCAACAACUUA